GCCUGAGCUUCCAGUUGUUUAUCGACCAUCAACGAGGAAGAUUGAAUUUUUAAAAUUCUCUACAAAGCUCCUUGUGAAGUUAUUUGUUUUGAGCACAUCAGUGGACAGUUUAAAACAGUGUGAAUGUCUUUAGAGUGUUUUCCUCUUUUUUACAAUAUAAUUUAUAAUAUGGAAAUUUCCAAUCGGAAAUAAAAAUCAGAUAGACUGAUAAGAAAUAAUAUCGUGACGACGAGAUCUUCUAUUUCUUUGAAAAUCGUGGUUCAUCGAUUUUGAGAAUAAUGUUGUGCAAAAGUGUUAUUCGUUUCUCGUGUCACUUUACGAGGAACGUUCGCAGAGACUUUCAUGUAAGCAUCAAUCCUCUUCGCAAGACAUUUAAAGAAACCGAUAACGUCAAAUCUACCAAUACCGGAAAUACAAUUAAAUCUCCACGAAUACUAAUAACAGGUGGUCUCGGACAAUUGGGCACGGAAUGCGCAAAGUUGCUGCGUCGAAAUUACGGUAAUGAGAACGUCAUACUGUCGGACAUUAUCAAGCCGUCGGAGGAGAGCUUGGAGAAUGGGCCCUUCAUCUUCGCCGACAUCCUCGACUUCAAGGGUCUGCAGAAGAUCGUCGUCGAUUACAGGAUCGACUGGCUCAUCCACUUCAGCGCUCUGCUUAGCGCAGUCGGCGAACAAAAUGUUCCGCUAGCCGUCAGAGUCAAUAUCGAAGGAAUGCACAACGUCAUCGAGUUGGCGAAGCAAUAUAAGCUGCGGAUCUUCAUACCGUCGACAAUCGGCGCGUUCGGUCCCGACUCGCCGAGGAAUCCCACCCCGAAUGUCACGGUGCAACGACCCCGUACGAUCUACGGUGUCAGCAAAGUCCACGCCGAGCUCUUGGGAGAGUACUAUCAUCAUCGCUUCGGCCUCGACUUCCGGUGUCUUCGAUUCCCCGGUGUAAUCAGCAGCGAUCCGCCCGGCGGUGGUACCACCGAUUACGCUGUAGCGGUAUUUCACGAGGGACUGUUAAACAAAAAAUACGAGUGCUACUUGGAGCCUCACACGAGACUGCCGAUGAUAUACAUCGAAGACUGCCUGUCGGCGCUCUUUCAGUUUUUAAACACACCUGACAAAUUACUGCGUAGACGAGUUUAUAAUGUCACAGCCAUGAGUUUCACACCCGAGGAGUUGUUCAACGAACUCUUCAAGUACAUACCGGAUUUGAAAAUUACUUAUAAACCAGACAAACGACAGCACAUCGCGGAGAGCUGGCCGCAAGUUUUCGACGAUAGCGAAGCACGACGGGAUUGGGGAUGGCAGCACAAAUAUGAUCUACAGAGGCUGGUAGAGUUAAUGGUGCAUGACGUUAGCACAAAUUUUCUACCGAAACAUCGACUGAAAGAAGUCAGUAGCUACGUAUAAUUGCGUGAAAAUUGUACGUAGCUAUUGAGUCCCUUUAAUUAAUGUGUACGCUUUGUGAGCUUUCGCGAAUUCACACUCGAUUUCCCGCCGAAGUUUUUCGAUUAUAAAAAAAAUCAAUAAUUAA